GGCGGAUGAUGCAGCAGCUGCAGCAGCUGCUGCUGCAGCAGCGGGAACCUGAAUCUGUUACCUGCAGCGGACAGAGCGGAGGUCAGUCCACUGUGGCUCAGUCUGCGACCACACACGGAACCAACCGGUUCCCCUCGAACCGGAACCUCCGGACUCCCCAGCUGUCUCUGGUUUCUGUCCUCUCAGGUUUUGUCCUCUUCUUUGGACCGAAUUGUCUCUGAUUCUGGGAGACAAAUCUGCAGAUUUUCUGGUUUAUUUUUCAGUCAGACUUCAGAUUCUUAGAUCUGCUUCUCUUUGGUGAUUCCAUGGAAAACGACACGGUGUGGAGUAAUUUCACCCAAGUUCUCUCCGAACUGAACGGGAUGGGCGGUGAGGAAGAGGAGGGAGAGGAGGAAGGCGUGAGAGGGAACGGACUGCGCGUCCUGAUUGGCUGCAUCCUCUUCCUGCUCAUCGUGUCCACGCUGCUCGGGAACACGCUGGUCUGCGCCGCCGUCAUCAAGUUCCGCCACCUGCGGUCCAAAGUCACCAACUUCUUCGUGAUCUCGCUGGCCGUGUCCGACCUGUUCGUGGCCGUGCUGGUGAUGCCGUGGGAGGCCGUGACCGAGGUGACCGACAGCUGGCUGUUCGGAAGCUUCUGCGACGUGUGGAUCACCUUCGACAUCAUGUGCUCCACGGCCUCCAUCCUCAACCUGUGCAUCAUCAGCGUGGACCGCUACUGGGCCAUCGCCAGCCCCUUCAAGUACGAGCGGAAAAUGACGCACCGCGUGGCGUUCGUCAUGAUCGGGGUGGCGUGGACGCUGUCCAUCCUCAUCUCCCUCAUUCCGGUGCAGAUGAACUGGCACCGGGCUCAGGAGGAGGACGGCGCGCUGAUGGAGGACGUGGCGGCCAUAUUGGACAGGAACUGGACAAACUCCACCAACCUGACCGGAAGCGCCUCGGCAGCCAUGAGCUGCGUGGCCAACCUGAACAAAACCUACGCCAUCUCCUCCUCCCUCAUCAGCUUCUACAUCCCGGUUCUGAUCAUGAUCGCCACCUACACCCGGAUCUACCGGAUCGCUCAGACCCAAAUCCGCAGAAUCGCGUCUUUGGAGCGGGCGGCGGAGCAGGCUCAGAACCAGGGCCACGGCGUGACCCGGAACCAGCAGCAGCACCGGGCCGCCGACGAGGCGUCGCUCAAGUCUUCGUUCAGGAAGGAGACCAAAGUUCUGAAGACGCUGUCCAUCAUCAUGGGGGUGUUCGUGUUCUGCUGGCUGCCGUUCUUCGUCCUGAACUGCACCGUCCCGUUCUGCGACCCGCCGUGCGUCAGCGACACCACCUUCACCGUGUUCGUCUGGUUCGGCUGGGCCAACUCCUCCCUCAACCCGGUCAUCUACGCCUUCAACGCGGACUUCCGCCGGGCCUUCGCCACCAUCCUGGGCUGCAACCGCAUCUGCUCCAACAACGCGGUGGAAGCUGUGAACCUCAGCAACGAGCUCGUCUCCUACCACCACGACACCACCUUCCACAAGGAGGCGCUGGUUCCCGCGCAGCCGCAGCAGCGGCCCCGCAACCUGAGCAUGACCCUGGAUGACCGCCUGGAGGACAUGAGCGCCCGGUUCGACGAGGAGUCCAACAUCUCCAUCGGUUCUCCGAGCCACGACAGGCUGCUGCUGCUUCCGGCCGCCGUCCAGCUGGAGGACAGCGCGGAGAUUUCCCUGGAAACCAUCACACCCAUGACGUCAGCAGCAGAACUGGACAACGAGGUGUUCAUACCAGGACAGGUCCAGCAGGACGGGUAGGACCCAGCAGAACUCAGGGUAGCAAUAGAAACUGAUUAGUUUCACCAGAUUCUGGUUUUAUCUGAUUCUUUUCUUUCUUUUCUCAAGAAGAAACUGCAAAUGACCAAAUAUUUUCAAACUGUGGCUUUGAUUUCAGUCAUCCGUCCUGUGAGGCGCGUUGGGGGUAUAAGGAGAAUAUAAUCAUUAAAUGAACUGAAUUAAGACACAAUUUUACCAGAGAAAAAGUCAUUUUAUGAGAAGAAGCUUCAAUAGUUACAAUCUAAUGUGAGAAAAUUCAUUCAGCUGGUUGUUUGUUUGGUUGAUCAUUUAAAACUCCUGAUAAUAAUUUAAUUCUAAUGUGUUAAAAUGUGUCUAUUAAAUCUUAUAAGUAAAACUAAUCACUUCACCAGGUGCUCAACAUUCUUGUUUCACUUCUCAUAUAAUUACUACUUUAUCCUCACAUUAUUUCAGACUCUAUCUUGUAAUAUUAUGACUUUAUUCUCUGCGUUAAAUAACAAAUCUUAGUCUGACCCUAAUAUUCAGAGUUUACCUGAAUUCAAACAUGUUUGUCAAACAAGAUGGCCGCCCAGGCGAGCCGACAUCUCUGAGCUGUGGAAACCCGAGGAGAGCAGGACGGAAAACAUCCAGGUUUUCCAAUAAGUUAAUACCCAGAAAUGUGAUUAAUCAAUAAAAUCGGUUUAUGACCCAGUCCUGCUGGUCAUCAAUAAAUGCUCUGACAUCAUGAAAUGAACUGAAAUGUUGAAUACAGGACAAAGCCGACAGCUGGAGCUCAAUCAGCUCCGUGGUUAAAUGUUAACAUGUUUCCUCUGUGGAGUUUGUAAAAAGCUGUUUUCCUCUUUGGACUCGUUCCUCUGUAGAAGCGUCUCAUUGUGUUUCACCGUCAUGAUUCCACAUCCUCCACAUCCCGACCUGAACAGAACCAGCAGCUGCUGAUAGAAACUUCCGUGUUUAGCUGAUGAAUGUCUGGAGGAAUAAAACGUGUCGGUUUUCAGACGAGCAGCAGCUGAUCAUCGUUCACCUUUUCAGUGUUGAGCUGCUGGAAAAUCUUUGACUUCAGAGUUAAAAUAACGGAAAGCUGGACUGAUGGAGGACAGAGUGAGUCAAAUAUUACAGAAGAUACUCAGAUUUGUGGCUCCAGUCCAGCUUUUCCUCGGCACCUGGUGAGAAACGAGGCACUGAUUUUGUUAGAGGAGAACCUGGGAUUUAAGAUCAUUCACUCAUUUUACAUUUGCUAAACACAACCAGCAUAACUACUUAAUGAAUGCAUAAAUCAGCCUGUUCCCUCAGUUUGACCUCAGCAUUGACCUCAGCAUUGACCUUAGCAUUGACCUUAGCAUUGACCUCAGCAUUGACCUCAGCAUUGACCUCAGCAUUGACCUCAGCAUUGACCUUAUCUAUGGGUCGGUCAGUCAACCCUUGCUUUGACCAAUCAAGCUUUGCUUUUAUAUUUUAGUUUCUUUUCUUACUCUCUCUGUUCUUCAUCACAGUUUAGUGUAACCACCAUUUAACUCAUUUAUUUCUAUGUUUUUACUGGUAAUUCAACUGCAAGACUAUUUAUUUAUUUAUUUAUUAUUCAGUUUUUUCCAC